CCCGCCACAGCCACGUUUGUCCGAUGCUUAAGGACCUACAAUGACGGCGCCUUUGGGCUUUGGUAAGAUCAUACAUUGUCACUCCUACAUAAAUACCUUCAACGCUCUCCUGCUACCCUAAGCAUGCAUACAUAUGACGGUACUCGAUAUCAACGGCAGGUGUGCGUCACCUUCGAGAUUCGCCACGGAUCCACCGGUGGUGACAAGGCAAAAGGCAGAUGAACGUAUCUCUGAGGGUGGAAAGACCGAUAUCACGGCGUCACCAACGUGUUCAUGUUCUUCGCCUCCGUCUUCUUCGCCCCCAUCUUCGUUUCCAUCCUCGCUUGGGGUCACCGUUGGUGCUCUGGUCAUCGUCGGCACGUCCAUGAUCCGUAACGUGCACGAUAUCAACUGGGAUUACAUCAGUGACGCCGUACCCGCGUUCUUGACGAUCAUCGUCAUCUCAUUGACCUACAAGUAUGCCUAUAUCUUCGCCCUCUGUUUGAUGAAGUCGAUACACGGGACGAGCCAUUGCCGUCGACCCUUGACUUUGCCACGUAACAUGGUUGAGGCAUGGACCCAGUCUGGAUUCAUUGAUCUGUAGAUGGUGUCCAUCUAGUGCAGGCGCCGAUGUACGAUGCGGACCACCGUGCUACCGAUAUGAUGUCCGCCAUACAACCUGACGAUAUGCAUAUUUGAGAGCAUCAUGGAGCAGGCUAGCGGUGCACACGGGCUGUGACGAUGACAGGGUGUACGUGUGUUUCCAUCUUCCUUAUUCACAAAUCCCAUUUCUACCCUCAGGAGCAGUGCCAGCUCCUUAGUGUCAGUACUGGUUGACUAGUGAUGUGAGUAGCGAAGCUCGGGCCUUGCAGGUAUGCAAGUAGUGCCAUGUCUCCUCAAAAUCUGUUGUUUUAGCAUUCCGCUUUAGUGUUGAGCGCGAAUGUGCUCCUGGCUUUCGUGAAUCGCGCCUUUUUUAUUUCGUUCCAGCCC